GUUGAUCUUUAUUGUGUAUUUUCGGUCGUCCGAUCUUAGAUAGCAUUUCCCUAUCGUGCGGUUAUGUGCCAUUUGCUCCGUCAUGAACGACAAAACUAUCGUUCUUAUCUUCGUCGUCUACGACAAUUCAUCCCCGCCGCUGCAGAGGACUUUAGAACUUUUCAGUGCAUGCAUCUCUUUGUCAUUUCAUCUCUCUCCUUCGGUGCGUGAAUCUGUAACUGCAGCGUUCAGUCGACCUCCAUUAUUCCAGUAUAAAUACGUUUACAGUCACCAAAAUGAUCUCUCAAUCUUUCCAAGCAAGCGUCGUCUCGCGUAUUUCUUCUUACAAGCGAUAUGGAAUACACAUCUAUUUCAGAUUUGCAGAUUGGGCAGCGUGGUUGUAAAAUCAAGUGUCAUGUUGCAAGGAUGUGGAAAUCCAUAAAUCCUACGAUGCAAGACCAGUUGAUGAGCGUGGAUUUUAUCUUGGUGGAUACACAGGGCACAUCAAUACAAGGAACAAUGCGAAAGGAGGAUGCCCCUACAAUUACGGAGCUGCUUAUGGAGGGAAAGACUUAUAUUCUUGCAAACUUUAUGGUCGUUCCACCACGAAAAUCAUUUCGAGCAUGCCCAAACGACAAUAUGUUACGGGUUGGAACAUGGACAGUCAUGAAGGAGUGCUUUGACACUGAUUCGGAAUUUACUCUUAAUAAAUUUCACUUCAUUGAUGAAAAAGAAAUGGAAAAUAGAAUUCAGAAUGACAUUCUACUGACAGACAUUAUAGGUCAUCUCAUUUCAGUUGGGACACUUACCAAAGUCUUCUCAAAUGGCAGAUACAUUUCCAAGAAAAAUAUGGUCAUUCAAACACUGACGAUCACCCACAUAUCAGUUACAUUGUGGGGGACUAUCGCAGAAGGUUUCGAUGAGUGUUCUGUGUUAAAACUUCCGAAAAAAGAGCCAUUGAUUGUUGUACUUACAGGAAUGACAGUAAGAGCAUUUAGAGCUCAAACAACUCUGUCAAGCACAUCAGCAACCAAGAUCUACAUCAAUCUUGAAAUUGAAGAGGUCCAAAAAUUUCGUCAAAGCCUUUCAUAUCCAAACGAGGUAACAUUCUUGGAAACCAGUGUGAGGCAUGGAAUUGGUUCAGCAGAAGAUUCUAUGAUGGAAAAUAAAACUAUUUCAGCACUUCUAUCCCUCAAUACCAUAUCAGAUAAAAGCAAGCAAUUUUCGUGCGAGGCCACAAUAACAAAGGUGGAUGCAUCUAGGGGUUGGUGGUACAAUGCAUGUGCUAAAUGCAAAGCUGGGAUAAGCAACUACAAUGGGUUACUUACAUGCAGAAAAUGCGGUCCAAUUGCUAAUUUGCCCAUUCCAUGGUACAUGGUCCCUGUACAUGUCAAAGACGACACUGGAGAGGCAAAGUUUAUCAUGUUUGGAAAACAUGUUGAAAGAUUACUCAAAAUAUCAGCCUACCAAUUGUCCCAAAUUCCCAACUCAAGUAGAACUACAGUUCCAGUGAUAAUGGAACAACUCCUGGGAAAGAAGUUGAUGUUUACAGUGUCAAUUAGUGAAAAGUUAGACAAUUCAGAAAAUUUGACUUUCAAAGUUGCAAAGGUAAUUGAUGAGCAACCCAUAAAAACAGAAGGCCUUCAAAUAUUGAAACAACAAGAUACAACUUACAGUCUUCGUACUUCAUCAGACGAACAAUUUACUGAGGAUAUUUCUGCAAAUUCCAAUUCAACCAACAAAAGGGACUUGAAAGACUUAGAGCAUAAUGCAACUGUAACAAUCAAUCUUGGGAAAGGAGAUGUUGCUAAAAACCCAAGCAUCGAACAAGAAAGCAUUCUAAUUUUCAAAGAACAAAACACAGCUUGCAGUCUUCAUGGAAUAUCAAGUCCACAAAUUGCUGACAACAUUUAUGGGUUCCCAAAAGCAACGAAAAACAGGGAGUUGGAAACAAAAGAGGACAAUGUAUCUGUUACAAUGAAGCAUGAAAAAGCAAGUGCUGCCAAAAAAGGAAAGUCAAGCGGAUGUUAAAGUACACAUAGGGAAGUUAUGAGAUUUUGUUGUGUGCAUAUGUAUUUUGAACAACUACAACUACUUUUGCCUUCUGGGUGUACAAAAAGUUAUGCAGGUGGAAAAAGUUUAGUUCAAAAGCUUUGUGAAUAGCUAAGAAUACCCUGCAAAAAUGAGUCAUCCACAUGUUUCUAACAAUGUGUGAAACUAUGUAACCUUUUGUUCACUGUGUAUAAAUAAACCAUGCAACUAUGUUAUCAUGUGUA